GGCGGGGCGGCCAUCUUUUGUGUGUCGGAUUCUGAUUGUGAACAGUGGAGACGGUGAGUGGACGGGGACUAAACAAACGGAAGGGGGACCAAGCAUUUGGAUAUUUUCACACACUAUCCCCAAGCCAUGGUGAAGAUUUUUGUUGGCGGUGUCUCCCCAUCUGCAUCCCCUGAAGAGUUAAAGAAGCUCUUUGAGAGGUAUGGUCAGGUGAAUGAAUGUGACAUUCUCAAAAACUAUGCCUUUGUCCACAUGGAAAGAGAGCAGGACGCUCACCGUGCCAUUGGAGAGUUGCACAAACAGGAGUUCUAUGGCUCCCAUCUUACUGUGGAAUAUGCAACGUCAAAGAUUCGCAAUGCCACCAAAAUAUACGUGGGCAAUGUCUCAAGCAGGGCGACAACAUCCCAAAUCAAGGAGUUAUUUGAGAAGUUUGGCAAAGUUGUAGAAUGUGAUAUAGUAAAGAAUUAUGCUUUUGUACACAUGGCCAAGGAAAGAGAAGCCAUGGAUGCGAUUUUGCACCUUAAUGAUACUCCUCUGGAGGACCAGAAGAUCUUUGUUACUCUGUCCAAGAGCAACAACGCCCCAAAGAGCUCCAAGUUAGCAUCUUCAGCUGUUAUUGCAGUUCCAACAGCACCUCCACCUCCUCCUCCACCACCACCAGCUUACUACUUUCAUCGUGGACGCCUGCCGCCACCUCCAGCUUCUUUCUCAGCGUUUUCACCUCGCUGCUGGUACGAGAGGGAGUACUAUGAGAGAUACACGUAUGAUAUCUACGACAGAAGUGGGCUUGGAGCUCGGGCAGCAUACGACAGAGCCCUUGCUCCAGUAGUAGCUGCAGCUGCUGCAACCCUUCCAACUGCUCCCGUAGCUGCUGCUCCAACAGCUCCAACAUCUAUCAGCGCAGCCUUGGCUCCCGCAGCAUACAGGGACAGAAGUCCUGUUGGCAGGAGGACAGCAGCAGCAGUUAUGGCACAAUAUGCUGAUCCAUAUGGAGCAUCUCAAGCCUACAGCCAGAGUUACAGCCAAGCCUACGCCUCUGCUUUCUCUCAGUAUAGCUUGGGAGCAGCAGGUUACAGUCCCGCUGAGUACUACGAGAAAUAUGCUAACGGACAAAUCGUGAAAACUUUUAACCCCUUAACCCCCCAAAAUCAUGGUUGAAUGCGUGAAAUAGACAACAGAUAAAGUUGAGUUCUAACAAGAGGGGGGAAGAGAGUAUGUGGGAGGCUCUGAAAGGGCCCACCACCUCAGCUGGGAGACCUGAUAGAGUUUUUCCGGCCUUUGUACCAGC